GCAGCGGGCGGGAAGGGAGAUCGAAGCGGUCGCGGGCUGAGCUGUCAGACGGUGGGGUGGCAAGUCGUGAUUACCUGGAGCCGGUGAGAGUGGCCUAAGGGUCAUCAGUGAAAUCUAGAGUGAUGUUGAAGUUUAAAUAUGGUGGCCGUGGUCUUACGGACAAUGGGGCUGGUGAGCCAAUUACCAAUCGUUGUUCCAGACUGAACCUGUUUUUCCAGGGCAAGACUCCAUGUCUGGGUCGGAUACAACAAAAGUCUUCCUGCUUAUUGACCAGAGAAGGACUUAUUGAUGCAAUUCUUGCCCUCUUUGAAGAAUGUAAUAGUCCUGACCUAAUGAAAAUAAAGCAUGUGGCCAAUUUUGUAAAAAAGUACAAAGAUGCUCUGAAUGAGAUUCGAGAGUUGCAACCCUGUGCUGGUGAUUUUGAGGUGAAAAGCGUGAUUGGUCGUGGUGUUUUUGCGGAAGUGCAGGUCGUCCGUGAGAAAGCUACCAACGAUGUUUAUGCAAUGAAAGUCAUGAAUAAGCAGGCGCUGAUUGAAGAGGAUAAUGUCGUAUUUUUUGAGGAGGAAUGUAGUAUCCUAUCACGCAACACCAGCCCCUGGUUGCCUUCCUUACAGUAUGUAUUUCAGGACAAGAUGUAUAUUUAUCUGGUAAUGGAAUACCAGCCAGGGGGCGAUCUGUUGACACUCCUUAAUCGUUACGAUGAUCAGUUUGAUGAGAGUAUGGCUCAGUUUUACCUGGCUGAGUUAGUCCUGGCCAUUCAUAGUGUUCAUCAGAUGGGUUACGUUCACAGAGAUAUCAAGCCAGAGAAUAUUCUGAUUGACCGAACAGGACACAUUAAAUUGGCCGAUUUUGGAUCAGCAGCCAAACUGACAGCAAACAAAACGGUGAGCUCAAAGUUGCCAUUUGGCACACCAGAUUUCAUGGCUCCUGAAGUAUUAACUGUGAUGAAUGGAGAUGGAUGUUCUUCAUAUGGUGUAGAAUGUGACUGGUGGUCAUUGGGAGUGAUUGCUUAUGAAAUGAUUUAUGGGAGGUCUCCAUUUGUUGAGGGAACAUCAGUCAAAACUAUCUGCAACAUCAAAAAUUUCCAGAGAUCUCUGAAAUUUCCAGAGGAGCGUAAAACAAGUAAGGAGUUUCUAGAUUUGGUGCAAAGUCUGCUGUGUAAAGCUAAGGAGCGUUUGAAUUAUGAAGGACUCAUCUGCCAUUCAUUUUUUACAAACAUCAGCUGGAACAAUAUCAGGCACAUUCCACCCCCUUUUGUACCCACCCUGGAAACUGAUGAUGAUGUGUCCAAUUUCGAUGAGCCAGAGAAAAUAUCGCACCCAAUGAUCAAGGCAGAGCAGCUGAACAAAUUGGGUUUUACAGGAGAGGACCUGCCUUUCGUAGGAUUGUCCUUUACCAAGACUCUGGCUGCACUCUCUCGCUCAGAAUCAGUAACCUCACUGAUGGACUCACCAGCUAAGACUAACUCUCUGGAAAAAAAGCUGCUGUUAAAGAAUAAAGAAUUACUGGAGUCACAGGACACGUGUCAUAAGAUGGAUCAAGAAGUCACACAUUUACAUCGAAAAGUCUGUGAGCUGGAAACAGCCCUUGAGCAAAAGGAUGUGGAGCUUCAGGCAUCUGAAAGCCAGAAGUCAAUCCUGGAGCAGGACUUGGCAACGUAUAUUACAGAAUGCAGUAGCCUGAAGCGUAGCCUUGAGCAGGCACGUGUAGAAGUAUCUCAGGAAGAUGACAAAGCACUCCAGCUGCUACAGGAAAUUCAGGAGCAGAGUCACAGAAUGCAGGAAAUUAAAGAACAGGAGUUUCAUGCUCAAAUGGAGGAGAUGCAAGUGACUGUGCGACAGCUGGAAGAGGAUCUUGCUGCAGCACGCCGGCGGGCUGACCUUUACGAAUCUGAACUGAAGGACACUCGAAUUACAGCAGAUGAAUAUAGACGGAAAGCAGCUGAGUCACAGCAUAAACUACAAAAGGCUCGAGAUCAAGGAAAAGCUGAGGUUGGAGAGAUUUAUGCCAAAUUGGAAAAGAUGAAUACAGAGCAACAGAAGAAAAUCCAGGAACUGCAGGAAAAGCUUGCUAAAGCAGUGAAAGCCAGUUCUGAAGCCACAGACCUCUUGCAGAAUGUACGGCAAGCUAAAGAACGUGCAGAGCGAGAUCUUGAGAAGCUACAGGGCCGUGAAAACUCCAGUGAAAGUUUCAGGAAGAAACUGGUGGAAUCAGAGGAACGCCGUAAAUCCCUGGAGAACCAAGUGAAACGACUUGAGAUGGUGGAGCGCAGAGAAAACAAACUGAAGGAAGAUUUGCAGACAAAAUCUCAGCAGAUACAGCAAAUGGCUCAGAAAAUCCUGGAAUUGGAGGAGAAUUGGUGUGAAGCCCAAGCAACAGCACAGCGUAUGGAAACCAACCUUCGACAGAAAGAGCAACUUUACGAGGAUAAAAUGAAGGUUAUGGAAGCACAAGUGAAGAUGGGCAUUGCAACCAAGGAAUCAUUAGAAGAUUGUCGUCUUAGGCAUGAGGAAGAUUUGCGUAAUAAGUGCAAAUUGAUUGAUGAUCAGAAAGCGACAAUAAAUGCCAUGGAUUCCCAAAUUAAGUCUCUGGAACAGAGGGUAGCAGAGCUCUCUGAAGCAAACAAACUUGCAGCAAACAGCAGCAUCUUUACUCAGAGAAGCAUGAAAGCACAGGAAGAAAUGAUUGCGGAACUCAGGCAGCAGAAGUUUUACUUGGAGACACAGGCGGGGAAGCUGGAUGCCCAUAACCAAAAACUGGAGGAACAAAUGGAUAAAAUCAACCAGGAUGAACAAAGCUGCAAAAACAAGCUGCUUGAGCUCGAGAGUAAACUCAGGGAGGCCAGCCUGGAGCAUGAGCAGCAGAAACUGGAGCUAAAGAAGCAGGGGAAUGAGUUGCAGCUGGCUCUGCAGGAGAAGGAGGCUCAGAUCAGAAGUCUUCAAAGUACAAAAGCUGCACUGGAAAACCAACUGCAAAUGGCCAAGGCAGAAUUGGAGGAGACCACAACUGAAGCAGAGGAAGAGAUUCAAUCCCUGAGGGCACACCGUGAUGAAAUUCACAAUAAGUUUGAAGCCCUCCGAGAAAGUUGCACAGUUAUUUCUGACCUGGAGGAACAGUUAAACCAGCUGAGUCAGGAAAAUGCAGAGCUCAACAGCCAAAACUACUUCCUGACCAAGCAGGUAGAGGAAUUAACGUGCAUCGGAGAUGAACGAGCCCAACUUCGUCAGGAAAUGGGGCGAAUGCGUCAGGAACUAUCUGAUCAAGAGCUUCAGCUGAGUAACCAAAAACAGACAAUAGAGACUUUAAAGACAACUUGCUCAAUGCUAGAAGAGCAAGUGAUGGACCUGGAGACACUGAAUGAUGAACUCCUAGAAAAAGAACGCCAGUGGGAAAAUUGGAGAUCAGAGUUUGAAGAAGAGAAGGCACAACUUGAGCGGCGGAUCCAAGAAAUGAAGAGGCUGCUGGACAUAGAAAAGCAGGCCAGAAUGCGUGCAGAGCAGCGUGGCAAUGAAUCCCGCCAGGCUGUGGAACAAGCUGUGAAGGAGCACAAGUCAGAGAUCUUAUCAUUACAAAAUUGUUUAAAAGAGCAGAAGCUGAAGGCGGAAAGCCUUUCUGAUACGCUGAGUGACCUGGAAAAGAAGCACGCCAUGCUGGAAAUGAAUGCACGUGGCCUUCAGCAGAAACUGGAGACAGAGCGAGAACUAAAACACAGACUAAUUGAAGAGCAAACUAAGCUACAGCAGCAGUUGGACAUGCACAAGACGCACAUCUUCCGUUUGACUCAAGGACUGCAGGAAGCCUUGGAUCAGGCUGAUCUAUUAAAAACGGAGCAGAGUGAUCUGGAGUAUCAGAUUGCAAACAUGCAGAUGGUGUUCUCCCAUGAUAGAGUGAAGCUGGAAGGUACUAUCUCUCAACAGUCUAAACUCAUUGAUUUCCUACAAUCAAAGAUGGACCAGUCAAUUAAAAAGAAAAAGAGUUUGUUUGGACGCCGGCGUGAAGACCCUACUCUCCCUGUCCAAGUUCCUAUGCAGUAUAAUGACUUGAAAGUGGCCUUGGAUAAGGAGAAAUGUCGAAACAUGGAGCUAGAGGAUGCACUACAGAAAAUACGUGUAGAGCUGAAAUGUGUUCGGGAAGAAGCUGCACAUUUAAAAACAGUGGAUCACCAGCCACAAUCAACACCUGCUACAGCCAGACACCAGAUCCUCAUGUCUGCAAUUGUCCGUUCCCCAGAGCACCAGCCAAAUCCUAUCAGCCUACUGGCUCCACCUUCCAGCCACAGGAAGGAAUCUUCUACUCCUGAAGAAUUUGGUCGGCAGCUGAAGGAACGUAUGCAUCAUAAUAUUCCGCACCGCUUCACUGUUGGCCUGAACAUGAGAGCUACAAAAUGCGUCGUUUGCCUGGAUACAGUACAUUUUGGCCGCCAAGCAGCAAAGUGUGGAGAAUGCCAAGUGAUGUGCCAUCCUAAAUGCUCCUCUUGUCUACCAGCAACGUGUGGGCUCCCUGCAGAGUAUGCUACACACUUCACAAAAGCAUUCUGCCGUGACAAAAUGAACUCACCUGGCUUACAACUAAAGGACCCAGCAUCAAAUAUGCGGCUGGAGGGCUGGAUGAAAAUUCCCAGAAAUGGGAAACGAGGGCAACAGGGCUGGGAACGGAAAUAUAUCAUCCUGGAAGGAUCUAAAGUUCUCCUUUACGACAAUGAUUCUAUAGAUGGGCAAAGACCAAUUGAUGAAUUUGAACUAUGCUUGCCUGAUGGGGAUGUGACUGUGCAUGGAGCAGUUGGAGCCACUGAACUUGUAAACACUGCAAAGACAGAUGUGCCUUAUGUGCUGAAGAUAGAAUCUCAGCCACACACAACCUGCUGGCCUGGUCAGACACUCUACAUGCUUGCUCCGAGCUUCCCGGACAAGCAGCGCUGGGUCGCUGUGUUGGAGUCUGUUGCAGCUUCUGGACGGAAAUCAUGUGAAAAAGCAGAGAGAGCUGCUAAGUUACUGGGAAAUUCUUUGCUGAAGCUAGAGGGAGAUGACCGUUUGGAUAUAAAUUGCACUCUACCACUCACUGAACAGAUUGUGCUGGUUGGGACAGAGGAAGGUCUAUAUGCAUUAAAUGUUGUGAAGAACUCCCUUGUGCACAUUCCAGGUGUGGGGUCGGUGUUCCAGCUUCAUAUCCUAAAGGAACUCGAUCGACUCAUCAUGAUUGCAGGAGAGGAGCGAACCCUCUGUUUUGUGGAUAUUAAGAAGGUGAAACUAUCGAUAGCUCAGUCCCAUCUACCAGCCCAGCCAGAUCUCAUACCUACAGUUUUUGACAACUUGAAAGGAUGCCACCUGUUUGCAGUAGGAAAAAUUGAGGCUGGACCCUGUAUCUGUGCAGCAAUGCCAAAUAAAGUAUAUGUCCUCCGUUAUAAUGAGGGUCUUGACAGCUUUGCAGUACGCAAGGAAAUUGAAACAUCUGAGCCCUGCAGUUGUAUACAGUUUACUGCAUACAGUAUCAUCAUUGGAACCAACAAGUUCUAUGAGAUGGAAAUGAAGAACUACACACUGGAGGAGUUUCUGGAUAAGAAUGAUAUGACCUUGGCCUCUGCCAUAUUUGCUGCUUCAUCCUACAGUUUCCCAAUUGCCAUCGCCCAGGUGAACAGCAGUGGACAAAAGGAUGAGUAUUUGCUCUGCUUCCAUGAAUUUGGAGUCAUUGUUGAUUCGUAUGGAAGGCGCAGUCGCACCGAUGAUCUGAAGUGGAAACGUUUGCCCUUGGCAUUUGCUUAUAGAGAACCUUACCUAUUUGUAACUCAUUUCAACUCUCUGGAGGUUAUUGAAAUCCAAAGCCGUAACACAGCCAGUGUAUUGAGUCAUGCUCACUUGGACAUCCCAAAUCCCAGAUAUCUCGGUCCUGCUAUGUCAUCUGGAGCCAUUUACUUGGCCUCAUCCUAUCAGAACAAACAGCGAAUCAUCUGCUGCAAAGGCAACUUGGUGAAGGAGGCAAGCAAUGAUGUACAAAGUGCAAUCACCAGCCGCAGGUCUCCUUCUCACAACAUGGAUCCUGUUCAGCCAACAGCAAAUGCAACCAGCAGUCCGAACAAGCGAGGACUUCCCUCGUACAAUGAACACAUGUCAAAGAAGUUGGCACCUUGCCCAAGAGAAAAUUCACCUCAGAAUUUGAACAGGUCAGUCAGGUACAGAGAAGGGAGGCAAGAGUCAAGAAGGGACAAAUCACCACGGCGAGCCUUGGAGAGGGAGAAAUCACCAGGCAGACCUUUGGACACCACCAGAGAGAGGUCACCAGGAAGGAUAUUGGAUGAAAGCAGAGGUGGUAUGCGUUUACCUGCAGGAUCCGCAAGAGCUCCGGCUACGAAGCCCUGGGACCAAUCUGCUGUAUGAGUACACUGCUGUCUUACAGAUGAAGAGGCAUGUAUUGAUGAACAGAGGGAGGACAGCUCUCGGACUAAGGAAAUGCACGAAACAAAUUAAAGUCACGCACAUUUAUUUGCUUCAAUCACUAAGGGAAUGGGAGGGUGGGGCAUUAACUUUACUCUACAUGCUGCUCGCAAUCUAAAUUAAGAUUGGCUCUUGGUAAUGUGGGUGACUCAUUCAUCUGUGGGGAAAAGGAUUUGCAGAGUUAAAUGUACAAAACUGGAGAAGGUUCACUGCCAUUUGCAAGAUUGUUCCUCUUGAUAGCAAAUCCUUUCAAAUUUUCUCCAGUUAAGUUUGUAUAGUCAAAUGGUUUGCAAGUUUGAACCAGAGAUGAAAUUGGUUAUUAACUGUACACAGUUCAUUACUUGAAUUUUAUACAAAGGUCAUGAAGAGAAACUGAACAUGGAAUUGCAGCAGGACUUAAUAUAUAUUUUGUUAUAAUCCAUAGCCCUUGGCUAUUUACUCUCUGCUGUCUUGCGCUGCUGCUUUGUCCUGGAUGUAUUGUACAUUCAAACAAAAUUGACUGCAGAUUUUUGUAUUUUGUUUCUCUGAUCUGUGUCAAAAAUUCCCAGUUCUGAAGUGUUCCUAUUUUUGUGAUAUUACUGUAUUUUUCUCUUUGUACUGCUUUCUGUCGAUAUGCGACUCGUAAGAAUAAAAUUUGAGUCGCAUUUCUGGUGACUCAUUUUCCAUGAAAAUACUUAAAUAAAUUUAACAUAAUUUGCAUAUCUUCACAUUGAAACUGUUUUUAUUUUAUUCUCAGACAUAAAAUGGCAUAAGUGAUAAAACUAGCACAAAAUGUUUUAAGACUUGAGGGAGAUUCUAGUUGAAGCGAAAGCUGUUUCAUAACUGUUCAAAAAUUUUUUGCUCAAUUCUGGCCACAAAUUCACCACAAACUAAUCUGCCAAUUCAAUGCAAUCAGACUAACAGACCCUGUGGUGAAAGACUCAAAGAUGACCUGGAAUCUUUCAUCAUUAGCCUAACUCAGACCUGCAUUCGUAUGACAAGUUCACAUUUUGCAAAAUUACAAUACAGAAAGUCACUGGUAGGGAACAUUAAGUAAGUAGAGAUAAUCUAUAAUAUUGAUCAAUAGCAAUUAAAACAAAGAUUAAAUAAAGUAAAACAAGAAGUUGUCCCAAGUCCAGUGAAGUGUAGAGAAUCAUUCUGAGGUCAGGAAAGCAAAUAUUUUUAUUCAGAAGAAAAAAAACCAAGACUUACGGAGUGCAACACAUAGAUACAUCUCAACAUAACUUGUGUACAUUCAUAUAUUGUGAUAAAAUUGAUCAAAAUGUUAUAGCAUAACACAUAAAGGUAUACCACUCUGUAAUCAAAAAUUUAAAGACAGGUCAUACAUCAUAAAAAAAAUUUAUAUAAAAAAAAGUCAACCCACUACCAACUACCAAAGAAAAAAGCUGAUGGAUGAUAAUGGAUAAAUUAGAAAAGAAAACAUAUUUGCUUAAGAAGAUAAGAUAAAAAUAUACAUAAAAGUCUGUUCACUGUUAAACUUUAUAAAUUGGAAAAGUAAUUUAGGAAAGAUCACCAGAUAUCAUAAAAAGAUUGUUUCAAAUUUAAGACUGAGCAGCGGAUCCUUUCUAAAUUUAAAUAAGACAUAAUAUCACGUAGCCAUUGAAGAUGUGUAGGAGGGGUAAACUCCUUCCAUUUAAGCAAGAUUGCUCUCCUUGCCAAAAGAGAGGUAAAAACUAAAACCUGUAGGUUAGAAGUAUUUAAAGUUAUAUUUUCAUCUGCAAUAAUACCAAACAAGGCAAUAAGGGGAUUUGGGUCAAAUUGGACCCUAAAAAGUUGUGAGAAGGUAUGGAAUACUUCCCACCAAAACUUUUCAAUUUUAGGGAAAAACCAAAACAUAUGAAUUAAAGAGGCAUCAGCAGAGUUACAUUUAUUACAAAGUGGAGAAACAUUCGGAUAAAAACUGGAUAGCUUCUGUUUAGAAAUGUAAGCUCUAUGAACCACUUUAAAUUGUAGAAGAGAAUGACGAGCACAGAAAGAUGAUUUAUUAACCCGUUUAAGAAUUUUAUUCCAUCUAUCAUCAGAAAUCUGGCAAUUUAGGUCAUCCUCCCAAGCUUUUUUUAUUUUAUCUAGAAAGUCUUGUCUAGAUUCAAUCAACAAGUUAUAGAUACCAGUAAUAGAACCAUUAACAAAAGGUUUUAAAUUUAAAGAUCGUCCAGUAAAUUUUUAUCAGGACCUAUAGGAAAAGUAGUUAAUUGGAAACGUAAGAAAUCUCUAAUUUGAAGGUAUCUGUAAAAAUGUGUUUUUGGGAGUGCAAAUUUAGUUGACAAUUGGUCAAAUGAAGCAAGAGAUCCUGAGAUAAACAGGUCCCAAAAACACUUAAUACCUAGUUCAUCCCAAUCUUUAAAAACUUUGUCAGUCAUGGAAGGGAUAAAAAAAUAAUUAAGGAGAAGGGGAGAUGAUAAUGAAAAAUUCGCUAAACCAAAAAAUGUCCUAAAUUGAGACCAAAUCCUUAAAGUUUGCGUAACAAUUAUGUUAUCUGUUAUUUUAUUUGCUGAAAAAGAAGAAUAUGAUCCAAGAAGAGAUACAAUAGAGGUAUUUUUUACAGUAUUAACUUCUAAGGAGACCCAUGAUGGGCAAUCUUUACGAUAAAUAUAAUAAGAGCAUAAAGUAGUAUUCCUUAUAUUGGCAGCCCAAUAGUAAAACCUAAAAUUAGGUAGGGCUAAUCCACCCAUCUCUUUAUUUCUUUGUAGGUAAACUGUACUUAAACGAGCUUGCUUAUUAUUCCAAAUAUAAGAUGUUAAAAUUGAAUCUGAAGAAUCAAAGUAGGUCUUAGGAAUAAUCAGGAAAGCAAAUAUGAAUGGAAUAACAUUGUCAUGACUGACAACACAUCAGCAUCAUGUGCCAGGUGAUGCCUCCCAUCCUUCUCAUUCGUAGAGGAAGUUCAAACCAUUUGCUCUCAGAUGCAAGCCCUGGUGUGCAACAUGACAAGAAGAACAGAGGACAUGCAGAUCAUAACAAAAUGCUGGUGCUAAACAAUAUAUUUCACAUCAUAUAAGACAGGGAUAAUAAACUUGUUUCUCAUUCUGGAGAUGCACUAAGAAUGAAGUGAAAGUGGAAUGAACAAUUGUUUUCCACAGACAGCUUUGUUCAUUUAGGGAUUUGUGGGAACAGACUUCAGUGGAGUGGAAAAAAUGCAUAAGGCAUCUGUGCUUCAGUAAUGAUAUCUUCAAUGAAAGAUGGUCAAGGACCAAACAUAAUUCCAAACUCAAAAUCAACAAUGGAAAACACAACAGAACAAAAUUUGGCAUGUUGCCUUGAACAAAUCUGGAGGAGACAACAAUCCUAGAUAGAACUGAUCUCAGGAUCUGUAAUGAACUGUUACCUGUGGCGAUUCUGAGUGACAGAGCAGGAGCUGGAGGCAGGCGAGUCAUAACCGGAGGGACCAAAGAACAUGAGGAGGUGAGGUAGGUUUUUUUAAUUGAUCGACCUUGUUGCUCCUAGAGGGUUCAGGGAUCCACUCUCCUACACCAGCCGCCUAAAGAGCAAUGAAGCAGGAAGCUAACAUCAUGUCCCUCUGUGGUGACAGAUAUGUCAUUUUAUCUGGGCACAGCUCCAGCCUGGAUUUGUGAAGUCAGGUGAGUAGGAGAGGGGGUAAUGAAGAAGCAGGGAGGUGAUAGCUGGAAAAAGUGAAGAGCUGGCAAAGGAAUCUGAUAGGAGAGGAGAGUGGACCAUGGGAGAAAGGGAAGAAUGAAGGGCAACAGGAGGAAGUGAUAGGCAGGUGAGAAGAAAAGAGAUAAAAAGAGAAACCUGAGUGGGGAAUUAAGGAAGAGGAAAGGGGAAGACAGAAACAUUACUGAAAGUUAGAGAAAUUGAUGUUCAUGCCAUCAGGUUGGAGGCUACCCAGACAGAAGAUAACUUUUCACUGUCUUUGCUGUAGCCAUUCCAUGCAAUGUAAAGGGCCACUCACAUUGCAGUUUGAAGGCCAGCCCACUCACAAGUGACUGAGUGAGGUGAAUUGCCUCAGUAGGCCCUAGCCUCCAGAUCAUUUUCACUCAGUCUUUGCCUUUUAUCCGAAUUAGCUGUUUUCUGUAUUGUUAAGGAAGCUACUGUUGUCCUUUGUCUAAAAAAGUAGUGAGGUGGCGUUCGUGGGUUCAAUUUCCAUUCAGAAAUCACUGAGUGUGUGCCUUCAGGCUCCUGUACCUCCUUCCCAAUGGGAAGAGGGUGGAGGAAUCCUUAAUGAUGGACACUGCCUUCCUAAGGCACCACUCCUUGAAGAUGCCUUGGAUACUAUGGCACUACGGUGACUAGUACCCAUGAUACAGCUGACUGAUUUUUGUUUUUAUACAAACUUCUGCAACU